AUGAAUAUAAGCAUCCUCUUCGUUGCUUUUCUUUUACCUGUAGUCCAAAGUAUCGGUUUCACGCAGUCCACAGCUGUGGAAGGUGUACUCAUGUGUGGUGAUAAUCCCGCAGCAUCAGUCCUAGUUAAGCUUUUCGAGCAUGACACACUUACACCAGAUGAGCUCAUGGACUCUGCCAAGUCAGACUCUAAUGGCAAGUUCAGGCUAAGUGGAAACGCUGAUGAGAUUGGCGAAAUUGAACCCAAAAUUAAUAUAUAUCAUGACUGCAAUGAUGGCAUCAAGCCCUGUCAGAGAAAACUAACCAUAUACAUCCCAUCAGACUACAUUACGAAAACGAAGCAGCCAUCGAAGACCCUGAACUUGGGUAUGCUUCAGCUAGAAGGAAAAUUUGUAGGUGAGGAAAGAGAUUGUCUCCAUUAG